UCACAAGUUCACAAGAAAGGAAAGCGCAUUUUCAGAGAGAUCCCAAAAACGAAAAGAAACGAAACCUAGCCUUGUGGUUGGGAAUGGGGGAUUUGGAGAAGCGAGACAGGGCGGAGGAGGAGGAGGAGGAGAAUGAGAGGUUUCUGGAGGGAAUGGCGGUGGUGGACUUCGACAUGCUGUGCUCGACGGUGGCGUUGCAGGCACAGCGAGGUAAAUGGAGGAGCUUCGAGAACGUUGGAGAAGAAGAAGAAGAAGAAGGAGGGGAGUUCGGUGGGGUUCUGAGGAUGUGGGAGGGUGAGGUUCAGGAUUGCUUCGACGACCGUCGCAUCGCUAUAGAAUCGGCUUGUUGCCCGUGCUACAGAUUUGGGAAGAACAUGAGACGAGCUGGUUUUGGUUCUUGUUUUAUUCAGGGAACCGUUUAUUUCAUUCUUGCUGUUAGUGCACUUCUCAACUGGGUUGCCUUUAUUGUCACCAAGCGGCACUUCUUUUUAUAUCUGGCAGUUGCUUUUACUAUUUCAUUAGGAACAUAUUUGGGCUUUUUCCGUACCCAGAUAAAGAAGAAAUUUAACAUCAGGGGUAGAGAUAGUUCCUUGGAUGAUUGCAUCUACCAUCUUAUCUGCCCAUGCUGCACAUUAUGCCAGGAGUCCAGAACAUUGGAGAUGAACAACGUACAAGAUGGAACUUGGCACGGUCGAGGUGACACAAUAUGCAUUGGUGGCUUUGGUGAAGGGAGCAAAGCAUUCUUUGAGCUUCAGCAACCUCCUCUUGUAUCAAUUAACUCCCCUGAGCCCUGCAGCAUGCCAAAAAGUACAGACGGUAGUGAUCGUGUGUCAACUUAAGAUAGUGAACAUUCAGAAGCAUUGGUCCUCCAUCGCAACAGUGGCCAUACGUAAGAAUUAAUGUAGACUUCCUGUUUAAUUUCUUUCCUAAAGGAGGGGGUGUUAUGCAGCCUGGAUGGCAUAUAAGCCACAGUAUAUUUUCAGGAUUUGGGGGUAGUUGGCACUAGAAAGUAAAGGUUCAUUGCUCCACCUAGAGAGGCUGCUUUGUGGGUCUGCAAUAUUGGCCUACUUCCAAAAAUUUGUUGUGGAGGGUGCGUCUUGGUACAUGUGUAAUUGCAUUCAGAGGAAACUGUGUAUUUAUACUGGUGGGGUUUUUGGGGUGACCCCCUGUUCUUUACAUAUUUUUUGCUUGUAAUUCAGUGGUAGAAAAUACCAUCGUUAUUGUUAAACUGUUUAGAAAUGGUUUUUACUUUUUACGAUUA